AUCGGGUCAAGGGUCAUCAGACCAUAUAGCAGCAGGUCAUGGGUCAACAAUGUUAUCCAGCCACACUUUUGACCGACCUGCAGCAGGACAGACAUCAGAAGGUGUGGGUGUAGUUUCCUCUGAGGUCCAAUCCCAGCCUACAGGGUCAGAGGGAUUCGCUCCACAUACAGAUGGCUCACAGUAUGAAAAUGGGGAAACCGCUUACGAUGGAUCUCAAAUCGAGUCUCCAGAAAUCCCCGAGAUAGAAUCUAACGGUAAUGGACACAAACAACUACUGAACGGAGGAGAAACAGGAUUUACAGGCGUGGAUCAUUUCAUGGCGGGCACAUCUCAGAUUCAAGAAGGAGGUGGUUUUGAUUCAUUUGGCACAAGCUCUCACCUGGAAACGACAGGCGUGAUAGAUCAGUCAAGCCAUGACUUCCUUGUUGACUUAAUGGGUGGAAUAGGAGAGAGCUAUGGGCCAGACACUCAAACAGACGGGCUAGGUACGCUUUUAGACCUCUUAGACACUCCUCCAGACGUUCCACCCACAUGCCUAGUAACUGACGCUGUCUCAACAGAUCACAUGGGACUCGCAUUUCAGGUGGAUUCGGCAGCUGCUGGCCUGAGUCCAGGGCACCCGUCCAGUGGCGGUCCGGUUCUAGACGCUCCUCCAGACUCUCCCGGACUGGAUUACCUGUUUGUUGACAACGGGAACGGUGAUUAUACCCAUUCAGUCAGCAUUUCUGAUAAUGGAGCCCAAUCAAAAUCACCAGCUGAUACAACAGAUUCAUCUGUGGUCUUUGACACAAUGUCACAUCCGGAUCAUUUCUUCACAGACUAUUCAGAUGGUUGGGUGGAUAAUAAUGGUGCAGAUUUACCCGAAACAAACGGAAAUGGAAACGGUCGGCACAAACCUGUGGUAGACAUGCAGAAAGGUGACCCUCAAGGCGUUCAUCUGGACAUCAGCGGAACAGGCCAUCAGGACGCUGCAACGGCGAUGCAUCACACAGCUGUUGGUGCACUUGAUCUAAACGACCACACUCUCAGUCCCUACACAGACACCACUGGAUUUGACGGUGUCAUUGGUGCAGGAGCGCAGACAGAUAUGGCAGGUGCAGGAGGUGAUCCAGCGACUGACGGACAGACUUUAACAGACAUGACAGGGCAGGGACAUUUAGCUGUGACAGAUGGCAUGCCAAAUUACACAGCAGAUUCUGUGCGUGCGACUGGGACUGGAUUUACAGAUGCCUCAGACACACAUAGUAGCAUGGUUCAGACAGACCUACCAGUCACAGGGGAUCCAUUCACAGGGGUUUCCUCACAGACAGAUGCCAUGGGCACAGGCCAACCUGGUGCUACAGAACAAACACAGACAGCUGUAUCAGCAGGUGAACAGUACCACACAUCUGGUCAGGGUUUUGAAGGUGCAGAAAAUGUGGAACUGGAAGAUACCUGCUGACUUCCACAUGAAGCCGCGAGUGAGGUUUCUGCGUUACAGAUUUCAGUGUACGGACCCGUACGCCUGGCAGAGGAACCGUGAACCCGCCCGCUAGACUUUAGCUCUCCUUUGUGUGCAUGUCCGUUUGUUUUAUUUUUGACUAUUUAAACAUUCAGAGAAUACUGUAACUUAAUGUUUUAUUGCGCCUGUUAAUAAAAGUGCCCUGGAAGUAUUUUAUUCAUUGGUACAACAAAAGAAAAAUCAAAGGAGUCAAAUGGAGAGAAAAAAAAUGGCUUUGUAAAUUCAAUGGUCGUUUUCCCCUAUAAAUAUUGCCACUGUAUUUCCUAGCCUAGAUGUUUAAGAAAUAUUCUUUACAAAAGUCACAAUUUGUAUAUUGCUGAAUGUAUGUCAUACGAAGAUAAUCUUUACAUUAAAUUGAACAUCUAU